CUUGUUGAAUGGCUUAGUAAAAAGCAACAACACAAAUGUAGUGCGAGUAAUCAAAAGUUAAUAAGUUGACAGUUCGAGUUGACGUUUGACUUGUUGUGAUUUUUCAGCUUCGCUCUUUUUUUGCUUCCUCUCCUCAAACCGCACAUGACAAUGUGCCUUUUGGUUUUGUUUUGAUUCGAGCUGCAGCACCACCACCCGCCCACUUCCCAACUUGUGCUAAUUCAAUGUUGACCAAAAGUCACCCACCCACACAGUUCAUAAGUAUAGGAAAUGAGCAAGAGCAGACGUACGAAUCGUGUAUGUGACAGAUAAAAAAAAUAAAAUAGGCAUUCACUUCCCCGAUUUCAGUAGCUUCUGUGAGUUGUGCGUGAGUGAAGUGUUUCGCUGGCUUUGCCAGUGAAUUCGCAAGUGAAAUUGAUGAAAAGAAAUUCAGAAAGAAACACAAAUUCUACAUAUGCAAAUUAUACGUAUUUGUUUUUGCAUUUUCAUACAAAAACCUAUAAUUAUAACUGAAAAUAUAAGCAGCACAGCUGGAGCACCGUGAAACGGCGAGCAACACAUUUGUAGUAAUGUGACUGAGACUGUGAUGCACCGAGUGGUCGACUAGCUUGAGUUGCUCACACACUUGAGUUGCAUUAAAAUUUAAUUGCGGUGCACUAUCAGGUGCAAAGUAUGCACAUAAACGAGUAUGUGAUUUGUGUAUAAUAAAAGUGCAUUUAUCAUUAUUGUGUGGUGUGUGCAGCAGUCGAUUUCCUUCUUUCUUCAUAUACAGUUAUGUCAAAACGUCUAAUGAAGUUACUUGUCGCCCUUGUCCUAACCUCGAUGUUCACCGUUUCGUUGCUGAAAUUAGUGCUACUGCUAUGGACCACCUAUCCAACAUGGUUGUAUGCGGACAUUGCAGCGCCUAAUGAUCCCACCACCGUCGAUGAAUGGUUGGAGCAACAGCAGUUGUCGCAGUAUAAGCAGCUCUUCCGGGACAAAGGCAUAUCCUCCUUGUCCAGUUGUGGUGAUCCGGAGCGUCUACCCGAAUUGCCACCAGGCGAUGAACAACGCUUACAACGCGCCGCAUUACAUUUACAACAAAAACUCAUUUUACGCGAAUGGUUACGUGACCAUCGCCUACAACAUCACUAUCAGCGUCUACUAACCGUCGAAGUAGCAUCACUCGAAGAUGUCUACUGGUUGGAGGAUUCACGUGCAACUAAAAUACUCGGCAAAGAUUGGCAAUUAUGGUCGCAAGCACGACAAAAUCUACCCACAUCCAAGGCACAGCUGGAUGCACUUAAAGCACAAUUGUGGUCUACAGUUGUGAAAUCGAGUCAACAUCAAGAUGCCUGGACAUGGGGUGGCAUGUUAGUGGUAUCCGUUUCGGUGGCCGGUCUUGUCACAUUGGCCGCCAUGACACAGCCAUCACUGGCGCCGGAAGCACGUCAUUCCUUACUACAAUAUGUGACUGGCAAAUAUUUAUUACCUGCCAAUUGCAAAGUGCAAUGGGACUGGAAGGAUCCAGCGGCAGUCGGGGGCACUAUGUGCUUUGUUGUGCGUUUUUUUCAACGUAACGGUCAGCCUUAUCCCAUCUGUGAUACAGAUCAGUUUUUUGUCGAAGUCACCGAAGGUACACGUAAGGUUGUCACAAUUAGCGAGCUAGGCUCCUCAACAGAUCCGAAUAAUGCGAAUAUCGCCGAAGUGAAAUUCACUGUACGUACAGCGGGGCAGUAUAAAAUCUCGGUACUUAUCGGUGCCAGUCACAUUUCUGGUUCACCAUUCACCAAAACAUUUGUACCCGGACCGAUUGAUGCGCGUCGCUCGCGCUUCAUACGUCCAGCCAGCACAGUGAUAUGUUGUGCCGGUACGCCGACAAUGUUGCAUAUUGAACCGCGUGAUGAAUUCGGUAAUGCUUGCAAUUUCGAUGAAAACGAUGAUCCAGUAAAGGGCUAUCGUGUGGAGAUUUUCGAUUUGAAUGGUGAACCCAUUGAAAAACUACAUCACGCCAUCGCCUUCACCUAUGACCGCGUGAAUACACGUGUUGCCGUGACGGCGCUAUUCCCGGAGCCAAUAUGUCUGCGUGCCGUCAUAAGCUACCUUGAACAGAAGCUGCCAAACGGUGAUUUUGACAUCAUCGUGCUGAGUGGCAGUGACACUACGCUCGUGCAUAAAAAUAUCGCCUCACGUAAACAUAAUAUUUGCUAUGAAGCCAAAUUAUUGAGCAUCUACGGCGCACCAAAGAGUAAACCACGUAAAGUGCUCUGCUAUGUCGGACCCAAACAAAAUUCGCUCAUUUUUCAGGUUACCAUCAAAGAGAUGAUACUCAAAUUUAUACCCAAACGCAUUGCGACAUUCCGGCUGUGCCCCUCGACUAAAUUUCAUUUUUUGCCCACAAUGGCCACACAGCCGCAUGGACCGGUGUUUAUAAUUGAUGAUGGCGCACAGCCGAAAAUCGAAUUAGCAUCACGUGAUCGUAAUAUCAUUGCGGCAACCUUUACACACUUUUUACUAAAGAAUAUUGGUGGUUCGGAGACGUUUAAGGAUAAACAGGACUUUUUCUACCAUGAAGUGCGAAAAUUUCAUGCGAGCUACUAUCAUGAAAAGCUUGCUUUGAAAGUGAAUCGGGAGAAGAUACUAGAGAGCAGCAUGAAAGCCACUAAAGGUUUCUCCGUAUCGGACUGGUGUGGCAACUUUGAGGUUACGUUUCAGGGGGAGCAAGGCAUAGAUUGGGGUGGCUUGCGACGUGAGUGGUUCGAAUUGGUUUGCAGCGCACUGUUCGAUCCACGUGGUGGUCUCUUCUGCACAUUUCAUGAUAAACAUCAGGCGCUGGUACAUCCAAAUCCUAAUCGACCGUCACAUCUCAAACUGAAACAUUUCGAAUUCGCCGGCAAGAUUGUGGGUAAAUGUCUGUAUGAAAGCGCACUGGGCGGCACUUAUCGGCAGUUGGUGCGAGCGCGUUUCACAAGAUCAUUUCUGGCGCAACUCAUCGGUUUGCGUGUGCACUAUAAGUACUUCGAGCAGGACGAUCCCGAUUUGUAUCUAUCCAAAAUCAAAUAUAUUUUAGAUACAGAUUUAGAUGCAACCGAUUCAUUAGAAUUGUAUUUCGUCGAAGAAGUCUACGAUGCGAGUGGGCAAUUGAGUAAAACCGUUGAGCUAACGCCAAAUGGCUCAAAGGUGCGCGUAUCGAAUGCGACAAAGAAUCAAUAUCUCGACGCUUUGGCGCAACAACGGCUCUGUAGUAAUGUUAAAGAAGAAGUAGAUGCAUUUCUGAAGGGGCUAAAUGGUAUUAUACCGGACAAUUUACUAAGUAUUUUCGAUGAGAACGAAUUAGAGCUGCUAAUGUGCGGCACCGGCGAGUACUCGAUAGCCGACUUCAAGGCGCAUCAUAUCAUUAAUGGGAAUUCUGCUGAAUUUCGACGUGUCUUGGCUUGGUUCUGGGCGGCUGUUAGCAACUUUAGUCAAACCGAAAUGGCACGCUUGCUGCAAUUCACUACAGGCUGUUCCCAAUUGCCACCAGGCGGUUUUCAGGAAUUGAAUCCACAAUUUCAAAUAACUGCAGCGCCGACAUUCGGUAAUCUACCGACAGCGCACACGUGCUUCAAUCAGCUCUGCCUGCCCGACUACGAGAGUUACGAACAAUUCGAGAAGGCACUUCUACUGGCUAUAAGUGAGGGCAGUGAAGGUUUUGGUAUGGUUUAAGCUCGCCUCUGUCAUACUGUCCCCAAUCAGUAUCCGUUAGAGCUACAUACAAUAUGUAACUAGUCAGAUACUACAUACAUAUACGUAUGUAUGUAUGUAUGUAUGAAAGUAGUUGUUAAACACUUAUCUAAAUAAUUGUGUUCCUUUAACGAAUUGUUAUAAUAGACACACAAUAAGUGUGGUGAAUUCAAAUGCGAAUAUGGUGUGUAUUGAUGUAAUCAAAGCGCAAAAAUUUAUUUACCUUUCGAAAUUCUUAUUGAAAUGCAAUACAUACAUAUAUUUAGAGUAAAUAAGUUAAAUAAAUAACUAGAAAAGCAAUAAGUAAUAAGAAAAGACCGAUAUCAUCAUCAAGUAUUGUGAUAUUUGUAAUUUAAAAAAAUCAAGUGAAUAGAAAAUCCUAAAAAUCCUACGAAAAUUUCAACUGCAUGCUAAAAAGCUAAUGAAAUUUUCACUGUUGAGUAUUGCAGGUGAGAGUUUUGAAAUAAAAAAAUAUUUAUCAAAAGGUUCGUUUUUAAGUACAAAAACUAAGAAUGUCAGACACACGGAACGUAUUUAUCAGAGAAAAAGCUAAAGCUAUUGAGGAGAGAAAAAAAGAAGAAAGUUGCAUAUUUAAUAGCAAUCAAAAUUAAAUAUCAAUCAGCAUGCGAUUAAGGUUAAGCGCAUAGUGUGGCGAAAAGCAAAUUAGUAAAAAGAAAAUAAAAUGAAAAUUUUGAUUUGAAAAAUUGUAUUUUUUCUCUAAACAUUCACAAUUCGCUCCACCAUGCGUUUAAUCUUAGUCCAUACAUUGCUGUACGCUGAAAAAAAUCCAAAAAAUAUUUUCCAAAAUUCUAAUUAUUGUUUUGUUAUAUAUUCUUAUUAUACUAGAAGCUUUUGUAAGGCUAUUAAUACAAAGUAAUAGAUGUAGCGAAAUUAUAUAGAAAUCCUGGAUAAUUUAACGAUCGAAUUAGUAAUGAUUUUUACAUAUAUAUAAUUUCAUAUUUUAAGUUAUUUAAGUAGUUGGUUACAAUGUUGAAUGCAUUUGCGAUAAUGUGCGAUUGUAUUUAUUAUACAUACAUAUGUAGUUGUUGCAAAAUUAAAUUAUAGUGCGAAAAAAGUAAAUAAAAUCCACAAACUGAACUUAAAUAAAU